AUGAAAGUCGCAGCCCUCCUCCUGACGCUGUGCCUGGCCGCCGGCUGCCGAGCCGACGAGGCCGACCUGAGAGAAAAGCGCCUGGUCGCCUACUACUCCACCACCUCCUCCACCGCCGUCACUACCGUCACCAUCACCGACAUUUCGACCUGCCUCUCCACCAAGACCGGAAACUGCAACGGAAGGAGGAAGAAGAGACUAGCGCUCAAUUAUAUCGAGGACCUCGAGCAAAUGAACGACACCCCGCUGGACAGCACUCAGCUGGAGGAGAACAUCGAGGUUCGCCAUGAACGUUCUGCAGACGGGGAAAGGGAAGGCAAGAUCCUGACAAUCUGGACCACGUAUUUCUCGACUCUCACCGUGACCAGCACUUCGGUUCUGGCCUCUACGACUGUCACCGCCUCGGCCCUCUGUCUGGCGCCGAAUGUGGCCAAGACUUGCUUCGGGGGGUAA